UGGGAGAGGACUAAUGCGCCUGCGCGAGCCAGCCUAGCUCCUACGGUAGCCACCCCGAGUCAGAGGCGACCGGCGGCUGUCCAACUGCGCCCGCAGUGUUCCGCGCGUGGGUAACGUCGUCUGUGGACGUGAGCUAGAAGAAGAAAGCCCUCCUCAGCUGUCCUCUACCUUACUUCCUGUGUCUCACCUGUGCCAAUGGUGGCUCUAGCUUAACCCAGGACCGCCCAGAGGUCUGUCCCCUUUGCACGUGUCUGUUGAAGCUUUAAUAAGUCAUCCGAUGGUUUAUAUUGGAUUUUUAGCUUUGGGGACUGGAGUUGCAGAAAUAUUCCUAAAAAGUCAGCAUGGCUAAACGUAUCAGCCAGGAGACCUUUGAUGAUGUGGUACGAGAAAACAUCACAGAGUUUGACAUGGAUCCUGAGGAGGCUGUGAAAGAAGCUGUCCAGCAGUUUGAAUCUCAAGCCUGGCUCAAAUGCCUGAUCCUCCAGAAAGCCUUCCCUAAUAAUCUAUGUCUACCCAGGGUCGAUCUAACCAACAUUGUAAAAACAAGACCCAAAGCAUCUGCUUGUGGUGACCAAGGGCCAAAACAUGAAAUUUUGCAGACGCUGGAUGCCCUCCAGAAGUCUCUUGGCUCUGCAGCCCCCCAAGAAGCCGCUGAAUACCUGGUGAGCUUCAGUGAGCAAUGCCAGGGGCAGGUUGCUAGCCGCUACCUAGCUGCACAGAAGGGUGCAUACCCUGUUGUGCUUUCAGCCUGUCAUCAAGCUCUGGCAGAAGACCAGGGCUUCUUGGUAAAGUCCCUGAAUGCCCUUGCUGCGCUGACUGAUGGUCAGCCAGACCUGCUGGAUGCCAAGGGGCUGCAGCUACUGGUGGCUACAUUGAAGGAACAUGUGGCAGUGGCUGAAGUGACAUGCUCUGGGCUUCGCUGCAUUCGGCAUGUCUGUCUCAAGCAUGAGCAGAACCGGCAGAACUUGGUAAAAGCUGGCAUCCUGCCUCUGCUUACUGGGGCCAUCGAGAGGCACAGCUGCCGAGCUGAUGUGGUCAAGGAGGCCUGCUCCGCUAUGAGAAUCAUGACCUUUGAUGAUGACAUUCGAGUGCCCUUUGGCCAUGCACAUGAUCAUGCCAAGAUGAUAGUGCAAGAGAAUAAGGGCUUAAAGAUUCUCAUAGAAGCAGCCAAAGCAUUCCCAGACAACCCUGCUCUUCUCGGUGAACUGUGUGGUACUUUGUCCCGCCUGGCUGUUCGGAAUGAAUUCUGUCAGGAGAUCGUUGACCUAGGGGGCCUCAACAUCAUGGUGACCCUUCUGGCUGACUACGUUGACCACCAGGAGCUGGUACGGCAGGUGCUGGGCGCCCUCCGAGCCAUUGCAGGUAAUGAUGAUGUAAAGGAUGCCAUCGUCAGUGCAGGUGGAACAGACUUCAUUGUAAUGGCGAUGACCCGACAUCUCUCCAGUCCCCAGAUCUGUGAACAGAGUUGUGCUGCCCUGUGCAUGGUGGCUCUGCGUAAGCCAGACAACAGCCGGGUGAUAGUCGAGGGUGGAGGGGCCUUGGCAGCCCUGCAGGCCAUGAAGACCCACCCGAAGCAAGUCAGUGUGCAGAAACAGGCUUGUUUGCUGAUCCGUAACCUGGUAGCUCGCACACAGGCCUUCUCCCAACCCAUCCUGGACAUGGGGGCAGAGAGGCUCAUCAUUGAAGCCCGAGCCAAACACCGGGAAUGUGAUGAUGUGGCCAAGGCUGCCCUGCGGGACCUGGGCUGCAAGGUAGAGCUUCGGGAGCUCUGGACAGGAGAAAAGGGAAACCUGGCUCUCUGAGGGCCCCCCCCCCCCAUCCCACCCCAAUAGGCUUCAUGAACAUUCCACAAUCCACACUGGGUCCAUGGAAGCAGCUGAGCUGGGAACUUUGGGUUCCCUAAAAUGUUGGGGUACUAUAUUGCUCAGAGGCCUCAUGGAAGAGUCUGUUACUUGUACUGGCCAAGAAGUAAAGUCCUCUACCUCUGGCUCCUGAGGGCAGAGAUGCCUCAGGGAACACACUGACCCCCUUGGUUUAACCUGGGCCCCACCUCUUCCUGUACACUCUUCCAAAAGGCCAUACUCAGGAGCAGACAGAGGUGUGCGUGUGGUCUGGUUUGGAUGCAGUGAACCCCCUUCCUUCUGCAGUGGUAUUGGCCAUUCUCUCUUGUUUGCUUUAAUAUGACAGUCUCUUGGUGGCCCUGUGUGUCUUUCUGCUUUAUAGUCUUUAGGUCAAGAUGCAUAUUCCUGUGAAGGUGGGACAGCUAGAGCAGGUCCAUGGAAUGCCAUAGGAGUGUUCUUAUCAUCUUGACUUAACUUUCAAUUGUGUACAAGCAUAGUGAAGAAGGUUAUCUGAGAAGUGUUUUAUGGAUACUGAAGGAUAACUAGUAAAAACAUGCCUGUCCAUUCAUUCUUUUGAUAUUUCAAAAUCACCCUUUGGGGAAACAGUUUACCUCUUGGCUGCCCUCUUCUUGAGGCACCAAUCUUGUCUUGCCAACAAGCGUUAGCCUUGGGUCACUUCCUCCAUGCAUUGCCAUGCUGCUGAAUGAAGGUGGAAAAAAUCUUAACACAUCCUUGCUGUUCCUUGAAGGAGACCCUCCAUCUCUCAGCUCCAGGCAUUUUCUCUGGCUGUCUCCUCAUGCAUGAAAUGUUUUCCCUUCUCAUCUUCACCUGAUGGCUUCCUUUAAGUCCCAACUAAAAUCUGACUAGAAACCUUCCCCAACCCUUCUUAAUUCCAGUGCCUUCCCUCUGAUGAGUAUUUCCUAUUUAUCCUAUAUAGGGCUUGAAUGCACUUAGUUGUUUGCUUGCUAUCAUCUCUUUUAGCUUGUGAGCUCCUUGAGGGCAGAGACUGUUUUUCUCCUUUCUUUGUAUUUAGAAACAGUGCCUGGGGCACAAAGUAGAUGCUUUAAUAAAUAUUAACCAAAUGUCAA